GAAAGACAAUUAUGUCUAAAAAUCCAUAUCAUCAAACCUUCUUUACAGUAACAGUCGAUCAACUGCUAAGAAAGAGCAUGGGUGUGGAAGGCAUUGUACCAAGUCAUGCAACGUACCCUACGUCUAGACUCCUGCCUCGAAACAUUUUAUUCUUGUUGAAAUAACAAUCAUACUAGGGGGCCUUUACAUAAUCAACAUGCUGGAUCUAGGUGCUAAAUGAGUUUUCUGCUAUAUUCUUGAAAACAGUUCAUCACGCUCAUAAUGUUACCAGGCUGUUCGUGUCAUGUAAGCAUGCAUCUGCAACAGAUCUCCGAAGUCGGAAGCGCUUAAACAAAGGAAGUGAAGAAGCCUUAAGAACGUAAAGUUUGAGACCCUUUUUUUUACCUGAACUGAAGUGGCAUCGCCUUAAGCAAGUGGUUAGAUCGUGGUCUGUACUGUGUAUAGGCUCCACCGAUGUGCGUCAACGUCUCGGAAUACAAUAAAGAACUAUUUUUUGGCUUUAGCAGGGUCCCACGGAAGGGCAGUUUUGACAUUUGUACAAAGCCGAGUUGGUAUCCAGCCAUUAACCUAGGCCUAUUCCUGAUUUUGUAAUGCACUUUUCUACCUCGGAUGUAUGGUUUUUAUAUCUUGAUUUAGAAAAUAAAUAUCAUACCAUACCAUACCUGGACAUUACUCAAUACGUCAACGGAUAACUGCAUUUUACUGGAGAGGAAGAGAUUGGAAUGGCAUCAAUCAAAAUGAGCGUUUUGUGAUUCACGUGUGUUAUCACCAUAAACGAGGAACAACAACUUUGCUGAAAUUUUAAUCUUUGUAUUUUCACUCGAAGGUGGUAAAAUGCAGACGUGAUUCUCUUUAUAAAGUGGGCAAAAAUUAUCUUUAUUUUCAAUUUGUGCAAUUCAGCAGUGUUGUCGAGGAAGCCUAAUCAGUUAUUUCAAACAUGAUGCUACUUUAGGGGCCACCUGUGUAGAAAGACCACCUGUAUACAGACUACAAUAUCCCCCGUGAACAGGGUUUUGCAUUGAAACGGUGGGGGCUCUUGAAAUAACCUUCUCAUAAAGACCUCCUGCUUACAGAGACUACACGUUUUGUCUCCUUUGAGCGCUAGCGGUCUUUGUAUACAGGUUUCGUCGCUGAGACAUAAACCAUAAUAAUGCCCACCUAUGAUAAUUUCUACGCGUCCGUUGGAAAGUUCACUUCGGCUUUAGUGCCCAUAUAAAGAGGGAAGAGGUCGUAUAUCUUGCAAUCCGAUUGAGAGUUUCAUUGCCCCUCUCAAACAAUCAACAUCCGGCUAUAGUUACACAAUGAGGACAGUUUAAAACAGAGUUUGGAUCGAAAGAAAGUGACGUGAUUCAUGGCUCUAUAGAAAUGGUCAUCUAAGCAACUUGUCGAUAUUGGCAUGCUCAGGACAUGCUUAGUCAUAAUGUGCCAUUUAACCUCACGAUGUGAAUCUCCUAGCAUUAGAUUGAUCAACUCCUCUCUGGCCUCAUUCUCUCUCUCUCUCCAUAACGGAUUUGUAAAUGGAUUCGAUUGAUUACCUGCGACGAAUAUUAAUCAAUUGACGCCCAUUCCUGGAAGCGGAUAUAUUCAUACACUGUAAAUACAGCCUACGUUCCAUCAAACUAAUUAUAAUCUUAACACGGAAGGCAGGAUUAUGUAACAGGGUGGUUGUUGUCGGGCCAAUGGAUUCCAUUAAUGACCUAUACCAAUGCCACUUUUGACGCCAUCGAUACCAGAACGAAUCUAGACUAAUGAGAUUGGGGGUCGUACUGAAAGGGAAGGUUCGACCAGUACUAAUCUCUACGUACCCAUUGUAACUUACAAUUCUCCACCACUGCCAAUGUUUGUGGAAAUUCUUAUAGGCAGAUACCAUUAGUCUGCGUCGGAAAUGAAUCAUGGACAAUUACUUCUUGCAUAGCAACCCGUGCCGUCUGGACCAAGAUAUUGAGAAGUUGACGGAAUGUCUCUGAAUCUUAAAGAUGUGUGAUAUAACAACGUUUGUAUAGUGACAUCGAUCAGCAUCUCAAGAUGGAGCUUUACACAGAAAUGUCCUUGAUAUUUGAGAAUUGUACCAACUGUACCGAUAAUGAGACUGACAUCUAUGAUCUCUACCCUCACUCGCUCGUCAUCGCAGCCAUCUACCUCUUCACAUCUAUAUUCGGUAUCCUUGGAAACAGUCUCGUCGUCGUCGGCGUGAUCGUCACUCCCAAACUGCAAACCCCUACCAAUGUGUUGAUAGUCAACCUGGCCAUCGCUGACCUCCUGACCUGCAUGAUCCUUCCGUUCCAGAUGUAUGGUAUCCUUAGUGAUGGAUAUAUGUUUCCGCGUAUCUGCAGCUUCAUAGGGGGUGUAAUCUAUGUAACAUUUACCUGCAGCGCUGUCACUCUGGUUCUGAUAGCCAUAAACCGAUGUUACGUCAUUACCAAAAACAUACGCACGCCAGUCGGUCUUAACACGCACAAGAAACAGAUCUUCUUAGCUAUUCUAUCAUGGAUUCUAGCGUGUUUAUACAACUACAUCCCAAUUUACGUUUUUAAAUUCACCGAAUACUCUUAUUAUCCUCCCUAUAAACAAUGCUUCACGAGUCCUACAGAAACGAGUGACUUUUAUCAUAACUUUCUGGCUUUACUAAUCGGGAGUCAUAUCAUCAUCAUGCUCGGCUGUUACAUCAGGAUUUUGGUGCAUGUCCGACAGCAACGAAAGCUCUUCCAUGUUUUCUUCGGGAGCAGUCGUAGCCAGAAUGUUGAACGACAGCAUCACAUCAAACGACUCAGUCAAAGAGAGGUCAGGGUCACCAAGAACCUCUUCAGCAUUGUCAUUGCUUUCAUCUGCUGUACUAUCCCGACGGCUGUGGCCUUUGCGACACCUGGGGUACUCCUAUCGGGGAUAUACACCACCGCCAUCCUCUACUUCAACAACUGCAUCAAUCCUGUCGUCUACGCCUUCAGACAUCCCGUCUUCAAGAAGUUCUUCAAGAGGCUCUUAAUGCGCACCCUUCAGAUCGUUCAUUGCCCGAAAAAGAUGGUGCCCGCGGAAGAGGCCCUAGGAAACGUUGCGCUUAGUAAAAUGCCAGAAAGGAACGUCACUAUGGCGUGUUUAUAUGCAAUUAACGUCAGCCAGAUUGUUGCUUUUGAAGGUGUCAAAUGUGACUCCAUGGAGGUGUUAAACACGUUAUAAACUUAUAAGAUAUCGGAUGAAUAAUUAUUUUAAAAUGUAUAACUAAAAAUAAUGUAUUCAUUGCUAAUAAUAAUAUACAAAUGAUGCAUGCGCAUGAGUUCAUUAUACGAUCUAUCCGCACUCGAGUUGAGGCUGUGUGUAUCUAUUGCACGAAGCCGUUAGGCCGAGUGCGAUAGAUACAUACAGCAUCAACGAGGGCGGGUAGAUCGUUUAAUGAACGAAUGUAAACAUGCAUCAUUUGUUUUAUACAACGAAACUCCUAGAUCCUUGUUAUUUGACGUAAAAAUAAUUCAUUCAAGAUUGUUUUGUUACAGUAUGGCUGACAAAUAAAUCUCAAGUUUAGGGCUUAAUUUAGUGAGCACACAUAGAUAUAGAAAGCGCACUUACCUCUAUACCCAUUUACGCAUAGUGCUGCGCAAGAAUAGGCCUAUGCACACACAGUAUUAAGCGCUAACCUCUACGCGCACUACUGCGCAUCAUGUACAUGCGCUAAAAAAGCGUGCAAUAGUACUGGAAACUAUUGCACACUUUUUCAUGAAAAAGCGUGCAAUAGGCUCAGUAAAUGAAUCACACGUGACCGCGCAUGACCAAUCAUUUGAUUAGGAUCUGGGAGAGAGUUGUAUAAAGUAAUGUAUGCUUGCCAACUCAUUUUAAGUAUCAACAUACAUGUAUUAUAGAAAUGAAGAAUUUAUGAAUGCAUGUAUUAUAGAAAUGAAGGAUUUAUGAAAACAUGUAUUAUAGAAAUGAAGGAUUUAUGAAUACAUGUAUUAUAGAAAUGAAGGAUUUUUGAAUACAGGUAUUAUAGAAAUGAAGGAUUUAUAAAAACAUGUAUUAUAGAAAUGAAGGAUUUAUGAAUACAUGUAUUUUAGAAAUAAAGGAUUUUUGAAUACAGGUAUUAUCGAAAUGAAGGAUUUAUGAAUGCAUGUAUUAUAGAAAUGAAGGAUUUAUGAAAACAUGUAUUAUAGAAAUGAAGGAUUUAUGAAUACAGGUAUUAUAGAAAUAAAGGAUUUUUGAAUACAGGUAUUAUAGAAAUGAAGGAUUUAUGAAUGCAUGUAUUAUAGAAAUGAAGGAUUUAUGAAUACAGGUAUUAUAGAAAUGAAGGAUUUAUGAAUAGAGUACACAAAUUAAUAUCGAUUAUCGACUUUAUACAUUCGCAUUCCAGUCCUCUCCUGCUUUGUAUAUCUAUGCCUACAUGAUUACGAUCCCGUAUUACUACUACUGCAUCAUUUACUCAUUUUACAUGUUUUAGAACCGACGAUCGCAAAGACUUUCGAAAAACCAAAUCAAGGGCAAUUUCAGUAUCCUAUUGUAUAUCCCAUAGAAAUUAUGUUCAGAUUACGUUAUACAUCAUUUUAUUGUUCUCACAGUUAUAUGUAAUGGACAAUACUAUUGAUACAGCCUUGUGUUGAUUUUUCGAAACUACUUGUGAAGUUGCGAUCGCAUUUUUUAAAUCAUUCUCAAAAUAUCACUAAGACUGGGCUCACCACUCUUGAUUUCCUGUAUCGAACCUAGAGCAAACAAAUUGUUGUUUUAUCACAGAACCGUUGAAACCAAUCGUAAAGGACAGAAGAAGUUUACGGUUAAAUAUAUCAUUCGAAAAAGGCUUUCCUACAGAAAAACUGCAGUGUCGAAAACAGAAGGGCCUAAGCAAGAACAAAGCAUAACACUUUCAUGUAACUUAAUAGAAUGGCCAAUCAGCCGGAAAUAUUGGUUUUUAAAACAAGACAGAAUAUGACGCACCCAACGGCCCGAAUUCACAAAGGAGGUUUGUCGACAAACCUUGGUUUUCGUACGUCAUAUGACGCGUUUUACGCGUUUUUUACAAACCUGGUUUGUAAAGAACAAAAGGAGGUUUGGCGAAACAAAAGGAGGUUUGAGCUCAAACCUUGGUCUGAGCUCAAACCUUGCUUUGUGAAUUCGGGCCAUUGGGUUUACUUUAGAAGAGAAAAUGGCCAUACUUGCUAUAAAAUCAUCAUUGUCUUCACCCAACAUAAUGACACAUGAAGUCUGAAUAAGUAGGCCUAAUUUGCAGGACUCCCACCCACCCCACCCCCUUUCCUUCUCUCUCUCUCUCUCUCUCUCUCUCUCUCUCUCUCUCUCUCUCAUCUCUCAAUGGAAAGAGGAGUAACCCCAGUCCCCCAUCCCCUGCCAGCCCUCUCCUACCACUCCUCAAUCACUGCACCUGUUUUACAUGUGAAUGAAGCAUCGUCAAGCAACAGGGUUCAGGGAACGCUCAAAAGAUAGAUGUGCACCAAAUGUCACUAUAUCUCUUUUAUAUUGAGUUAUAAUGUGAUCACACACCGCGCUGUCCAGUCGUUUGUGUUGAAAGGUAACAAUUAAAACCACUGAUUUAAUAAAGGGGCACUCGCAGUAAUCAUACUAGUAAUAUAACGCACUUAUACUGCCCCAUCUAUCUAGAAAAACUAUUCCGAAGCGCAUUAUUAGAUUAAGAAAAGACAGAGAAGAAAUACAAAAAGUACACAUUUUUGCUGAAUUACAACGAAGUACUGUAUUCUUGUUAGUUUCCAUAAUGUUCAGUUGCAUGCUAGUAAUUUGAAAUAAGUAUCGUGAAUGUAAUCGAUCAAGUUUGAAUAUAUAUGUAGUAAUAAAACUUCUUAAUCCAUGAUA